UCAUUUAUUUUUCUACAAUGCUUGUUCUUCUACUUACUCUUCCAUACCUCUAACCAAGACGAACUUCACAAAGAAGACUUCUUUCUCAUCCAUGGAUUUUAACCUCGAAAACCCUCUUGGAAACUUCCACGACCUUCCCUCUGAAGCUCUUCCUUCACUCUUCCUCAUCGAAUCCGACCACAUCCCUCCACCCAAUUACUGUCAAACUCUCAAAGCCAGCGACUUCGACAUCUCUGUUAGGAGAAAUGUUGUCUCUUUGAUUUCACAGCUCUCCUGCACUUUCGAUCCAGUUCUUCCUUACCUUGCCAUCAACUACUUGGAUCGCUUCCUCGCUAACCAAGGAAUAUUGCAACCAAAGCCAUGGGCAAACAAGCUUCUUGCAGUAUCUUGCUUUUCUUUAGCGGCCAAGAUGUUGAAAGCAGAGUACUCUGCCACUGAUGUCCAGGUUCUUCUGAAUCAUGGUGAUGGAGGUGUCAUCUUCGAGACACAAACAGUUCAAAGAAUGGAGGGAAUUAUCUUGGGGGCACUCCAAUGGCGAAUGCGUUCCAUCACCCCGUUCUCUUUCAUUCCCUUCUUCGUGAACUUGUUCAGGCUCAAAGACCCGGCAUUUAGACAGGUUCUGAAGGAUCGAGCAUCCGAAAUCAUACUGAAGUCACAAAGAGAGAUAAAGGUGUUGGAAUUCAAGCCAUCUGUAGUUGCUGCGUCAGCCCUUCUGUAUGCUUCACAUGAGUUGUUUCCCUUUCAAUAUCCAUGCUUCUUAGGAGCAAUAUCCGACUGUUCAUAUGUUAACAAAGAAACUGUGGUGCAAUGUUAUAAUGUGAUAGAGGACAUAGCCAGGGAGGAGUACGAAUCUGUGUUGAAUGUAAAUUCAACUUCAGACACCCCGGUUAAUGUGUUAGACGAACAUUUUCUAAGCUUGGAAAGUGAAAAAACCAACGGCGUCAUACAAGAGCAGGAGUUCAAAAGAAGGAAAAUUACCGAUUAUGGCAACAAACGCACUGUCCCGUUUUCUCAUUUUCAUCAAUGCUGAAGUACCAGAACAAGACCACAUUUAAUCCUCUGCUUCAUCCAUCACCGAUUAAUGUCGUUGGAAAUAUCACAUUGUCGUGGUUUAACCGAAAAAAAAUACGAGGAAAACCAAUGAAGAACACAAUAAUAACAAGAGACACCGGUGGACUCAGAAUGACAAGAGAAGAAUUCGAUUAUCCGUAGUAACUGGACAAAAUCACUGUAACGUGAUCCUGGUACGACCUUCAUUAAAUCUGUUGGUUGUGUAAAGGAGCAUAGAUGAUAAGAUGGGUUUUUUUUUUUUUUUUUAUGGUUUCGAAGAGAAAAAAAACAAAACGACAAAACGUGACUUUGAAUUGUAGGGUUGAAGUUUUGUUUUUUGUUUUUUUGUUUUUCUUACUUUGUGGCUGCUUAAGCAACCAAUUUUCUUGGAAAAUAAAACACAGAACCUUUGUUCAUGUAUUAUCAUUGCACACAA